AGCGCUUUCUACCAGCACUCCCUUCUCUAUCAGAUUCGGGGGUUGGUUUACGGUUUACCGGGAAAAUACACACUAGCACAUGCAGAAUCUAUCCCUCCGUUCUCCGCUGACCUUUAUCUCUAUCUAAAACUCACUGAGCCACCUCCGAGUUUUAUGACAAUUUUUAAUGGAAGUCGACAGCACACACGCUCUCAAGCCCUUUGAUCUCAACUCGCUACUGUCUCGUCCUUCUAUAAACCAUUCGGAAUUUCGGAGCCACGAGAUGUCGGAGGAGGUUCAAACGACGGUGAAUGUUCAGGAACCGGAUAAGUCACUUUCGGCUGGUGCUCCAGCAGGUGUUCCGACCAGAUGCCCCUUGCGUGCGGCCAUGAGAGUCCAGAAGGUUUACCGGAGCUAUCGUACUCGGCGCUUGUUAGCAGACUCCGCUGUGGUUGCUGAAGAGCUCUGGUGGCAAGCGAUAGAUUAUGCGCGACUAAAUCACAGUACUAUAUCCUUUUUCAAUUUCUUGAACCCAGAAACAGCAGCAUCGCGGUGGAAUCGUGUCCGUUUGAAUGCUUCAAAGGUGGGCAAGGGCUUGUCUAAAGAUGCCAAGGCACAAAAGUUGGCUUUUCAACACUGGAUUGAGGCUAUUGAUCCAAGGCACCGAUAUGGGCACAGCUUGCAUCUUUAUUAUGAAGAGUGGUGUAAGACUAAUGCUGGUCAGCCCUUCUUCUACUGGCUGGAUCUAGGAGAUGGCAAAGAAGUUGAUCUUGAAGAGUGCCCAAGAUCAAAGCUUCGUCAACAAUGCAUCAAGUAUCUUGGACCCCAAGAGAGAGAACAUUAUGAAUACGUGGUUGAUCAUGGGAAAAUAUUGCACAAACAAACGGGAAUAUGUCUUGACACAAACAAUGGAUCGAGGGGUUUGAAAUGGAUAUUUGUGAUGAGCACCUCUAAGAGACUUUACGCUGGAGAGAAAAAGAAAGGAUAUUUCCAUCAUUCCAGCUUUCUUGCUGGAGGGACUACUUUAGCCGCUGGGAGGCUCAUCGUGGAAGAUGGAGUACUUAAGGUACUUUCCUGGUAUUCUUAUGAAGACCAAAUUGUGCUGAAAAUUGACAAUGCCAAUAAUGGAUGGUUUUAUAAUUAUUUCAAUGAUAUCUGUGGAGAAGCUUCAUUAAUACGAAAGGCAAAUGAUGACUAUGAGAGUUAUGAAAGCGGAAAACCUGCUAAAGAUUGGUCUACAACUGAAGUUUCGUCAGUCUCAGAUUCCAUCCAACCUGAUCUUCCCUUUGAAGACGAAAAAGACCCUUCUUCAGAAGCAACCGAAGCUUCUCAAACUGAAACUAAAGUCGAAUACAAGAGGAUGCUCUCUGGUGGUCUUCAGAGCCCUAAAGCAGAUGUCCCGAAGAGGGAAAUAUUACAAAGGAUUAAUUCCAAGAAGGCCGCUAGUUCAUAUCAAUUGGGUCAACAACUCUCCCUCAAAUGGUCAACUGGUGCUGGCCCCAGAAUCGGAUGUAUUGCUGACUACCCUGUUGAAUUGAGAUUACAGGCAUUGGAACUUACUAACCUCUCGCCUCGAACUUGUCAAGAAUCGUCGACCCCAGGGAGGGUUGCUGUUAUUUCUUCACCUACAGUUUGCAGGCAAAACUUAGUAAUGGAAAUAUAACAAGCUCGACUUUCACUCCCGUGUUUUUAGCUUCUCUCCUACCAUUUCUCCUACAGUGUAUUGUGUUGUGUAUUCGCACAUUCUGCUGACAUUUAUUUUACAAUCUCAACACUGUAGUCUGAUCUGUCCCUGCCUGCAUAUCUUCAUAGUUAAGUAGCAUUUGCUGUCAGUAAAUGAAGACGGGUUUUUCAAGCUCCACUUUGAUCUUUAUAUGCACCAUCCUUACCUAAUAAUAGUGUAAACUUUGAGCUCUAA